AUGGGCGCUAAAGAAUCCCACAUACAAAAAAGUGACUCUUGGAAAUCAACUUUAAAAGAGAAGAAUUCCGUGAAAAAAGGACAGCGCAAUCUUUCUACACAAUCGUCCAGUAGCAAAGAGUUCAAUUCAGGUGUGUCAAACCCACUUGUACGACCCCCAUCUAGCUCCAUACGUUGUAGAGAAACCCUGGAAAAGCAAAGUGAGGAGCCUAACAAAAAUGCAGAAAGCUUGAUAUCUGUAGCUGAUCAAAAUGAUAGUUUUUGCGCUGGUAGCUUUUCCACUGCAAACAUCAAUAACGCUUCCCGAGCGACUACAGAAGCAAAAUAUUCAAUCAUCGAAAUGGAGAAGAGACUUCACGAAGGCGCCCCACUGGUUUGCCGAAACGAGACCGAACCACCAAAGCCCAUGAAUGUGGGGAAUAUUAGUCCUGAAGAGAAUAAAACCACUUCCGAGGUGGUGAUUCACCCUCGAGAUGUAGGAAAUGAGGAUCAAGCAAGUGGAGAUGAGAAACACCCAGAAUGCGAUAUUUUAGAGGUCGAGACGCCGUCCGACGUUGAGAGUUGGUCUAGCAUUAGUGAUAAUGUUGUAUCACCGGAGGCUGGAGGGAAUAUCGGGGCUCCCGCUCACCCAUUGAAUAAAGUUCCAGAGCCCCGUCUUCCAUCGCUUCGUGCUGGAUCAGACAGUAACGACAACGUACUCCCACAAAAUAAUGAUAUCACAGACGAUGAUGAUGACGUGUUGACUCAAGAUGGGUGUCAUAUAAGUGGUAGACAAAAUUCGAAUAAACUAAUUCAUACCACGAACACCACUAUCAGCAAUGCCAAUAGCAUUGACAGCAACAGCGUGCACGGCUUAGCGAGAUUCCCAAGCCAAAACAUUCAAUGCUAUUUAUGUGGCGCGCCAGCGGAGGUGUUCUGUUGCCAACAGCACGAUGGCGCGAACCUCCGUAAGGAAUGCGCUGCUGACAGCAUCAUUGUGAAGAAGCGCUCAGGUUCGAACCAUGGGAUGAUGUGUCUUUCAGAGCCCCAUACGAAUAACAACCGUUGGAACAGUGAGAGUUCCGUCUCGACGAUAAUCACCGAGGCGGCGAGCAGUCUUUUGUACGACCCAUGCUCCGUGUGCAACCGCGCCAUUGAUGAUGUGGAACAUGUGCACCGCUGUGUGGAGUGCGAUUUUAUUGUGUGCCCCGACUGCUACGAUGCGGAGAAAGUCAUCCAUGAGCACGAAUUGCGUUCCUUCCGUCGCACGUCGAAGUCGAGCAUCCAAGAUCUCACGCCCUUGUCGAACUGGUCGCGCAAGUCGGGUGGGAAUCGCAUCAUCAAUAACUACGUGAUUAUCCGUCAGCUUGGGCAAGGAAGUUACGCGAAGGUGAAGCUCGUUCAAAAUGUCCAUACGGGGGAGCUCUUCGCCCUAAAGAUUCUUCGGCGCCCCAAGCAAAUCAACCUACUCAAUCGUGUUAAACCGCAUUCUAGCGACGACGACCUGCUGCGCGAGGUUGCCGUGAUGAAGUACAUUGAGCACCCCAACAUCGUGAAGCUGAUCGAGGUCAUCGAGGACGUCGAGGGUGGGGGGCGGCUUUACCUCAUCAUGGAGUACUGCCAGCGGGGGCCGGCCCACCAACUCGGCAACCCGCCGCUUCCUCUCGAGACGGUGCGUCAGUUCGGCCGCGGCAUCCUCUCCGGCCUCGUCUACCUCCACUCCGAGUUUCUUUACCACCGUGAUAUCAAGCCAGCGAACUGCCUCGUUACGAGCGCCGGCGUCGUGAAGCUGGCGGACUUCGGGACGUGCAACAGCCGGCGGCACUCGACCGGGAUGGAUGGCACGCCCGCCUUUAACUCCCCUGAGAUCAUCCAAGGCGAGGACGCCUCUGGCGAGAUUGCGGAUAGUUGGGCCUUCGCGCUGACGCUCUACCAAAUGGCCUCGGGCACGCUGCCGUGCGAGGGGAUGUCCGCGAUGGGGUACCGUGGGUUUAUUCGAUCUAAAGAACCUAUCAAUAUUCCCUUACCUAGCGAGCAUAACUCCAUCGACCCACCGCUGCACGAUCUCCUUUCCAAGAUGUUGAACAAAGACGUCAAACAGCGCAUGAUGAUCGCAAAGGCCAUUUAUCACCCAUUUUUCCAAUUAACCGACGAGGAGAUUAACUCUAUGCACCAGAAGCGCUCCUUCGACAUGCCCAACACCGACAGUAGUUGUGGUCCAUCGGAGAGCCAACCUCAGCAAACACUAUGCUCCUCUGCCCAUGGUUCAAGUAGGGUAAGUCGCCUGUACGAUAGGGCUCUGAAGUCCGUGAAGUGUGGUAGAAAUCUUCCCGAGGCCUUUCACGGUAUCAAGGAUAUACACCUGAUCCAUCGAAAGGACCUGCAGGCUGCAGAGGGAAUAGGUAGUAGUGGUAUCCCUGAUGGGUCCAUUAUUAAUAGUCGGCUUAGUACCAGCAGCUUAUGCAAACCGGACACCACGGACCAGCAGGCUGAGUCUUCGCAGUCUAUCGAUUUACAACUUAUUCUAGAUCGUAUUGAAAGACAAAAGAGGCAAAACUCGCAGGUACUGGACCUUAGCAAUAUCCAAAUGGGGUCACCGCCCGCCCUUGUCAACGAUGUGGCGCCCUUCACGACGAGAAUGCGGUUCGUGUCGAACCACCUCAGAAGCCUCACGAGGAUCAACUUUGCAGAAUUCAGCCAGCUUAAAGAGAUCUCCGUCAUAUGCAACGCCCUACAGCGCUUUCCGGAAGAGGUGUUGGCGGCGCCACACCUCGUCCGACUCGAUUUAUCACACAAUGGGAUUACGGAGAUCCCUCCCUUAGCGAGCGCCGCGUCUCUUGAGCAGUUGAAUUUACAUGGCAACAAUAUCAGCGCCAUCGGCUUAGACUACAAGACGGGGCAAUCCGUGCUCGCCGCGCCUAGCUUAAGACUGGUUCGGCUAAGCUCAAACCCGAUCCUCUCCUUGCCAAUGGGGCUGGGGACGUUGAGGCAGCUUAGCCUCGUGCUGGACGCCCACCCAGACCUCUGCGCGCAGUGGGCGAGAAUCGUAGAGGAGCGGAGCCGAAGUCAUGCGCAGCCAAACCUGCUGUUUAUCGUGUGGGAUGACUAUUUCCCCGCACGUGUCGCCGGCACCGAUUUGCCAAUUUGGAUCGCCAGCAGCAACCUCCAGUUGUAUCGUCUUCAGACUUUGCAGAUCUGUGAGUGUAGGCACGUCGUGAUGUUUAGGAGCGCAAGUCCGUGGUUUCCUAUCGGUCGUGUUACCGGUGAAAAGCUUGGCAAACACUUUAGAGAGAUUGAGUCUUUUCAGCUUAACGCUCGUAGAAGGGGCAGGGCGGUUGGUGAUGGCUUCUUGGGCACGGAGGCGGCCUCCAUGGCACCACCAAUGACAUCACUACCUUCCAUUGUGCGUUUUGGUGCACUGCGCUACGUGAAGGAGUACUUUUUUAUAUCUGACAACGAGGAAGAUCCUGUUGGCGGAUACUGUAGCUUGUUUAAUUUCAUUAGCGACACUUUGCGGGACCGUGAACCCAUUAUGUUUUUUAUGAUGUGCUCCCACACAAACCUGCAGCACACUCGCGAGAUUGCGGUAGCGGCACUUAGUGAAUAUUUGAUGACCUUGCUGGAACAUGGUACCCUGAAGGAGCAGUUCGACGCGGUGAUGGCAUCCAUGAGAAAUUUUUCUUGA